GUUGGAAGCAAAAGGGUUUCAGUUGAGACUUGAGAGAGAGAGAGAGAGAGCCAACCCCAAAUCGGCGAUUUGUAAAACGAAGAAGAACAAGAAUCACUGAUCGGAUUCCUCCCUCAUUCCUCGAUUGAUGCUCUUCGGCGGUGAUGAUCGUCGGCAAUGGAUCGUGUUCGCGGAGGGUAGCAGCACCGGCGGCGGGCGGAGCGGCUCUCUCAUCGGCGGCGGCGUCGGUGGCGGAGGCUUCUGGGCUUGGACUGCUCCCUCCAAUGUCGGAUUAGCCGUCGCCGUCACGGCCAUGGCCGGAAUCGCCUUGGCCGCCACUGUCGUCUACUCUAGGGGAAGUCUUAAAUCACCCUGGUCGCGAAGGAGGAAAAAACAUGCACUUCUACCUAAACAAUGGAAAAGUUUCUUUACACCAGAAGGGAAGCUCACUGAUGGGGGUGUCAAGUUCUUAAAAAAAGUUCGCAGUGGAGGUGUUGAUCCGAGUCUACGACCUGAAGUGUGGCCUUUCCUCCUUGGAGUCUAUGACGUGAACAGUUCAAAGGAAGAAAGAGAAUCUGUAAAAAAUCAGAAAAGAAGAGAAUAUGAGGACUUGCGGAGACAAUGCCGGAAACUUUUAACACAAAGUGAAAAGAGUUUUAAGUUAAAGGAAACUUCUGAAAACAGUAGCAAUGAGGGCAGUGGGGAUUUUAGUCAAAUUGUAGAUUCCACUGGCCAAGGGGAUGUUACAAGUUCCCUGAGAUCAUUUUCAACUGAGGCAGGAAGCAAAUUGCCCGAGGAUACAAAAGAUGCUGCCAGCCAUCAAGCUGUUCAGACGUCUGAAUCAUGCGAAGGAGAUGGUGAGAAGAGUGGAGUCACCUGUGAAGAUGCCUCUGCCGGUGACUCAGAAUCAACUGAUUCUGAUUCCUCUGAAGAUGCUGAUAUCACUCGACCUUUACUUACUACUGAAGGAACUGAAGAGAAUAAUGUUGACGACAAGGCUACGGAAAACUCAUCCGUUGCCAAUGCAGAAAACAGGCACAAAACCCACACAGCAGAAGAUUAUGCCACAUGGCAGAGAAUAAUCCGCCUCGAUGCUGUGCGUGCAAAUGAUGAAUGGAUAAUAUAUUCACCCACUCAGGCUGAUGUCUCAGAGAUCAAGGCACAUCGAUUAGCUGAGAGUGUUGGGAUGAAGGAUUAUGAACACUUGGAGCCAUGCAGGAUUUUUCAUGCUGCUCGCCUGGUUGCCAUCCUGGAAGCCUAUGCUCUGUAUGAUCCUGAAAUUGGUUACUGCCAAGGGAUGAGUGACCUACUUACUCCUAUCAUCUCAGUCAUGGAAGAGGACGAUGAAGCCUUCUGGUGCUUUGUGGGUUUUAUGAAGAAGGCUCGGCAUAACUUCCGGCUUGAUGAGGCUGGGAUUCGGAGGCAGCUUGGCAUUAUCUCAAAGAUUAUCAAGGGCAAAGAUGUUACUCUCUAUAGACACCUGGAGAAGCUUCAAGCAGAGGAUUGCUUUUUUGUGUACAGAAUGGUAGUGGUUCUCUUCAGGCGGGAGUUGAGCUUUGAGCAGACACUUUGCCUCUGGGAGGUAAUCUGGGCAGAUCAGGCAGCAAUCAGGGCGGGAAUUGCCAAGUCUGCUUGGGGGAGGAUGAGGCUGAGAGCCCCGCCCACUGACGAUCUCUUGUUGUAUGCAAUAGCAGCUUGUGUGCUGCAGCGAAGGAAGCUGAUAGUAGAGAAGUACAGCAGCAUGGAAGAGAUCAUGAGGGAGUGCAAUAGCAUGGCUGGCUGUCUGGAUGUUUGGAAGCUUUUAGAUGAUGCUCAUGAUUUGGUGGUAUCCCUUCAUGACAAGAUUUAGAGCACUACUGCAAGGGGAUUUGGUAUUCUUUGCUUUCUCAUUCGUUCAGUGAUUCCGCAUUCCAUUUCCUUUUUAGUUUUUGUUGCACCUGUUGAGGUUCCCUCUCAAACCAAGGGAUCUCAAGGCCCACUUCCACACUGCUUAAGAAGCAAUUUCUGUAUUGAACCAUGUUAUGGGAUUUAUAAUGUGUUGCCCGCGCUCUGAUGCUCAUCGGAGUGAUUGUGGCAGCAAAGGCAGAUUUAGUAACUGGGGGCUCUUCCGAGUGGUUUUAACACUUGACAAUCAGUGAACACA